UACGGUAAAUGAAAGAAGGUUCGAAGAAAUGAUUGACGGCACUCGGGUGGUUGGGCUGCUUCAUCUUCGUUGACCUCAAAUUCUCAUGGCUGGCUAUCUUCCAGGCUUCGUGAUUCCUCUGCUGCUGGAUUGACAGGAGGAAGGAUGGCUGACAGUGGAGUCUUUAGUCUGGUAAACGAGCUGCAUCAAUUAAUUCUCAUAUUAAGGAAAAUACUGAAUAUAAAGAAAUUGCAAGCCAAGUUAUUUACUAAAAACGUUGGCGGGGUCAUCAUGUUACUGACAAUGGAAGGAGCCCCAACUCUGCCGGAACAAUUAGUAGAAGAGAUUCUACCUCUUGCACUGCCCGUUGGAGAUUUUGUUCGAGGACCCAGGCAACGAACUAUAAGGGCGAAACUUGAGUAUACGAUGGCUACUUGUUACAGAGGAAAAUUAUCAAAUGAAGUGCCAGAAUUAGUAGAACAGAUUGAUCUCAAUGAGAAUAACCUGGAGAAAUUUCUUGAUUCAACUGACUUCUACAAGAAAAGAAAUGCUUCGGAACAUUUACGCAACAAUUUGGCAUUACUACCUUCACGUCAGGCGAUAAGAGCACUGCUUGAGGCUAGUUGUCUACUCAAAGACACCAUAAUCUUUUUCCAUGAAGUCGGUACUGAAUUAGCUGCUCUCUGCGAAUGUCUAAGGUUCCUGCUGACCAUUUCCAAGAAGUGCGAGCAUUCAAACGAAUGGCCUUGUCACCAAUUCGUGGAAGGCAUCAGGGAUGUCACGAUCAAAGCACUUGAUGCUGUCAACUGUGCAGACAAAGAUAGUCUUAGCUCGGAGAUGCAGAAAUUUGAGGACCGUAUACAGUUGGAUCCUAGUGUGAUAUGUGAAGAUGCUGAAGUUAUAAAGGAAGAUUGUGUCGAGAAGAUGGCCAAGAAAUUUUUUGAUAGGAAAAAUGGCAAGCGAUUGGUUUUGUUGGAUACUUUAGAAAUGCUUCAUUCCUGCAAGGAAGGGAUUAUUGAUAUGACUCUUCGCAAACUUCAUAGAAAAGACCAUCAAUCGCUGAAUGCUGCACUUGGAGGAAAUGGCUUUCCUUCACCGUCUAUGAUCUGUGAGAUGUUUGCCAGAGAAGAUCUUCCUUCACUGCCUCUGACACAUUGUCUACGUGCUUUUCCUUUGAUUGAAGGAAGAAAAAGAAGAAGAGCAGGUGCUUUGCACAAUUGCAUUGUAGAAAAUCAGCACAAUUUAUUGUACUUUUUCAAGAAGUUGAUCUUGCCAGAUUUUCAGAUGAUGUCUUGCAGCUGUUUACUUUAUCAGCAGAUCUUUAUCUAGACUCGUGCCUUGUAAAAUGAGUACAUGUUUACUUCAUUAAACAUUUUCCAGGAAAAAAAAAGAAGAAAAAGCAUAAAGCCAA